CCCCGCCCACGGCCCCUCCCCGCCAGUACCAGGUCCCUCCCCUCCCCCCUUAUCUCUCCCGCCCCCCCCCUCGCUCCCCCUACGGCUUGUUCGCCAGUUCCGGUCACGUUGCUGGGUGUUUACGCCUGGAGCCCGCCCCGGACCCCCCUUGGCGCCCCGGAACCCCCCGGAGCCCCGGCCCGACAACCCCGCAGCCUCGCAGCAGCUGAUGGCGUCGCAGCCCGGGCGGGUGCUGCGGAACCCGGGGCGCAGCUAGCGAGGGGAAGAAGAGAGCCUCCCCCCACCCAGCCUGGCCCGGUCCCAGGGCCCCGCUGGCCCGUCGCUCCCUCAGGUCCCGAAGGUGGGGCCCAGGCCUGGGUUGCCAUGGAUACCGUGUCCCUGGAGCAUCAGAUCCAGAGUGUACAACGCCACAUCAGCUUCCUGAAAAAGGAGCAGAUGGCUCUGCUGCGAGACCUGCACCUGGAAAUCCUGAGGCUGCAGAAACGCUGUUCAGAACUGACUCGUGAUCUGGAGAUGAGAGAGGCCCAGUCUCAUCAGCAAGAGGCGGUGUCCCGGGAGCUGGAGAGCAAGUGCCGCGCGCUGGAGUCGCAGCUGGCUGCGCGGACCGCCGCCAACGCCGAGCUGCGGCGGGAGGUGGCGCAGCGGGAGGCGCUGGUGUCCGCGCUGCGUUGCAGCCUGCGCUCAGAAGAGCGCCGCUUCCUGGAGGAGCUGCGGCGGCGCAGCCAUCGUGCCACCGUGCUGGGCACCGAGCUGCAGAAGCACACCGAGGCGGCCGCCUACCUCUCCUGCCAGCUGCACGCGGCGCGCCAGAGACUGCAGACCCCGCGCCCGGGCCCCGGCGCCGCCGCCGCCACGGAGCCCCGGCCCCGCCGGCGCGCACAGCGGGCUCGCCGCCCGCCCGCCGCCGAGGCCGCAGCCAAGGGCCCGGGCCGGGACUGGGCCGCCUGGGAACGUGCGACCCGCGCCCUGGACGACAUCGACCCCAUGCCCGACCCCGCGCUCUUCCUCUACCCCCGGAGGCCCCCGCGGCCCAGCGGCCGCAGCCCGCGCCACCCGCCUCCCCAGGAGCCCCCGGACCAAGCCGGCCCGCCGGCCGCGCCCAGCCCGCCUAGCGCUCCCGGGGAGCCGGAGUAGGCGGAGGGGUUGUGGGGUGGGGAGUGCGGAAGGCCGGCUCGGCCUCCGGCUAGGGACGCGCCUUGGGCCACGCAGGCGGGUCCCGGGGGUCGCGGGAGCCGGCGCUCCUCCAGGGAUCCAGCGGAGGCGGCCCCAGCUCCCCCAGCUCUUCCUACCGCCCUAGCCUUUUUGUAUCCUCCUCCCCCGAAGGGGCUCCUCCGCGAGGCUGAGAGAGUGCACCUUUUUUUGUGGAGAGGACUCGCAGUACGGAGGCUUCUGUGGUCCCCACCCUGCUGCAGGGAGGGGCGGGGGCGAGGGUCUCCCCCUGUCCCGGGAAAGCUGACAAUCGUUGGACGCGAAGGGGGGAGACUGGGCAGGCCUACAAAAGGAACGCAGUGGCACUUAGCACCCCUAGGCCUUCCAGGCUCCUCUCUCGGACCUUCCCCAGCCCCGCACGGCUGCCCUUCCCGCCAAGCCUUCCUUCGAGGGAGGCUCCGGCCCGGGCUAGCGGCUGGAUCUUUUUCCUCUGACGGCGCUUCUCCUACCCCGACCCCGCUGAUAGGUCCUUACCGGUGAGCACCCAACACUUUAAAGGCAUUUCCUGCCAGAGUCCCUGGUAGGGAAAGUGUGACGCGAUGGAAGUUUGAACUUCUGGAGAGGAGUACCGAAUGGGUUAGAUGGCAGAACCUGGUCUAAAGCUGUCUCCAGUCCUGUUCUUCCCCAGAAUGCCCCUCCCACCCCUAAGUAUUUAGGCUGGGAGCUGUGCUAGUGAAGCAAGGGGAGGGGGACACAGGGUCCGCUGGAGUUAGCUGCUCCUUCAGGCUUGUAGAAGGGCAGAAACCGCCUUCCCCUUCUCGAGGAAGCUGGGAACCUGAAGGCAGCCUUGGGAGCUUUCCUAGUCCUGUUUAUUGGUGCUAAUUUUGCCCAGCUGCACCUAGAGGUGGGAAGAAGGGCCAGGUUCCUGGAAGUGGCAGUGAUUGAUAAGAGGUUUGAGUUGGCUGUGGGGGCUGGUGGAUAGGAGCACAGCUUAAUCCCCAGGCUGGUCUCCUCCAGGGAUGCACCCAAUCCUAUCAGAACUGACAGUGGCGGGUAUUCAAUGUAUGUAACCCUUCUGUCUAGAAGGGAGAGUGGUGAAAUGGAAAGUGGGACAGCCCACCUCCUAGCUACUUUCUCCCCAGCUCCCCUCUCCUGACCCAAGGCAGGAAGGAAAUGCAGUUCCAGUCCAGCACAUGGCCCCCACUGCAAGUCCAGCCCCUAGAAAGACAAACCCUAGAGCCCCUUCCCCCAUGCCAUGCCUCCUCUGUUGGUCCUGCUUUGAGUCCUAAGUGCCUGUGAGGUUUUCCAGGGGCUGCUGAGGGAGUAUGGGGCAGGGAGAGGCCUUUACCUCACUCACGGAUAGCGCAUCCUGGCGGGUCUUGCCCUGGCUGAGGCCAAGCAUUCUGUGUGUCACCCAAGGUCUGGGAGAUGAGCAGAAUCAAUCUCUAGGGGUGGGGAACCCUUCUCCCCUCAUGGGCCCUCUAAUGAACAGGAGGAACCUGCCAUCAUGUUCCCUUUCGCUCUGUACCUCAGAGGGUGUCAAUCCGCAAGAAGUAAAACCAGUGAGCACGCUCCCAGCCCCCACAAAUAUGCUGUCCUCUCCCAGCUGACUGCACUCAGGACUGCUGAGACCACUGAGCAAUAACCGGGCCUCAUCCGGGUUAUUUCCAGCCACUGGGCUGCAAAUGCCCAAGGUGUGAACGUCCUUGGGACAGACAGUGCUCUCUCUCUCUCCCUCAGUCUAAGUUGGGCCACAGUGAUGACCUGGGGUCCUUGCUCUGCCCGUCCUGGCCUCUUACCCUCCUCUCCCACCCCAUUCUUGUGCCUCUGCCCUCUGUGUCUCCCCUCAGAUGUGUGGAACGCACUGUGCCCCUGGUCCUAUUGCCUCCCUUUCAGAGGUGUCCCUGUGAGGAGGCCUCUCUCUUUCUUGGCUGCCCUGUGGCGAAGGGGCCCCAAGGACUGUAUAGGAAGGAGCAGCCCACCCACACCCUGAGCUUCCACAACCACACGCUGGGGGUAAACAGGGUGACUUUGUUAUGUUGAUUCUUCUACAGAGAUGGUGACAUAGUUUAUCCACCCACCCACCUACUAAAAGCCAUAGCUAUGCCCACCUGGCCUCUCCCCAGCUCUAUAGCAAUAGCCCUUUUCCUCCCUUACCUCCUGGGGACCCAGUGUGUCUAGCUGGGGGCCUCUACCACACCCCUACCCGGGGAGCCUCCAGUGGCCUGCUGGUCUCUCCCCAAGUGACCCCAUCGGCACCUCCGAACUCCUAUCCCUCUUCUAAGCGACCAGUGAUAAUGACACUUAAUUAUUUGUGGGGUGCUUAGAGAUCCCCCAGAUGAAAGGUUCUGAGAGUGCUGGGGGCGGCUGACUUGCUGACUCUCACCUGAGGGUCUGGGAAGGGAAACUGGCCAGCCCUCCUCCUCCACUUAGCCGGCUGGCGGAGGGGCUGAAGCAGAUCCAGGAUUCCAGUUUUAACUAAGUCCUCUUCUCCAUUUUUCUCCUGGAAAUAAUGGACUAAAGACUCCCCUCCAUCCACCUGCCUCUGGGGUUUGGAACAGAACCCUCAGUGCAGCAGAAUGGGCCUGGGAGUCUGUAGCCUGCCCUUGGCCUCAGGAGUCCCAAAUUCCUUAGCCUCCAGCCUUCUCCCUCUUCUAGCCUGGGGACCCACCCUGCCAAAGGAAAGACCCCCCUCUCCUAAGCCCCUGGAAUAUCUGGGUGACUAGAAGAUAAAGAAUUGUGUCUCUUCCCCCCUCCUCCCCUCCUCUCUGCAGCACAAAUCCCUCCUAGGGAACGGGCACAUUGACAAGAACACUCUGCCCUAGGGGGAGGUCCAGCCAUACCCCAAGUAUGGACAGACCCAGGAGAGAGAGCGGCAGGUGGGGACCCCUCCCUGUUCUGGAAGCCAGCCAGGGACUAGUGGGCAAUGCAAGGUGAGGCUGUGUACCCCUGCCCCCUAUAUCCCAUCCACAGUGGUCUGAAGUUUGGGAGACCACUCCAGAGCUGAAAUGGGAUAGCCCUUCCCCAUAUCAGCAGUAGAAUAGAGGUCUCCCAAUGGAGAGGAAGGAGGCCAGGAGGGUGUGGAACAGUCUCUCUUUAGUGCAGAGCUGGGGAUCCCUGAGCACCCUCUCCCUAAGGUGCCAGCCUUGAAUGGGGAACACGCAGGGCUUCUGAACCAAGUGGCAGGAGCCCCACGGGUGGGGCAGAGGAAUCCUGCUCCAAAUUCUCUGUUGGCUGCGCUUUUUAAUCCAAUGCUUUUCAGAGUGUACUCACUCACCCACAGAAAUAGAGCCCUAUGCUUUAGGGGUGACUGUCAUAUGCCUUAUUCUUAAUAAAAUUAUGUGAA